AGUCCUCCCCGUUCUACCUCGGUGCUGCUCGGUCUUCUGUCCGGUAACGUUAACUGCGCCAUUAGAACAACAUGGCGGGCUCUGUGGCGAAGAAGUGUCUCAAUCCUCUGUCUUUGCUCACUCGCAGGCUCUCAGCUCCUGAGUUCAUCACUCAGUGCUGCUACCAUCAGAAGGUGGUGGAUCACUAUGAAAACCCAAGAAAUGUGGGAUCGCUGGACAAGAACUCCAAGAAAGUUGGAACCGGCUUGGUGGGAGCCCCGGCUUGUGGAGACGUAAUGAAACUUCAGAUUGAGGUGGAUGACCAGGGGAAGAUUGUGGAUGCCAGGUUCAAGACCUUCGGCUGCGGCUCUGCCAUCGCCUCCAGCUCCCUGGCAACUGAGUGGGUGAAAGGCAAAACACUGGAUGAAGCUUUGGAGAUUAAAAACACCGACAUUGCCAAGGAGCUCAGUCUUCCACCCGUUAAACUGCACUGCUCCAUGCUGGCAGAGGACGCCAUCAGAGCGGCCCUUGCAGAUUAUCGCCUCAAGCAGCACGACGACCAGCAGGAGGCAGUCAGAGCCAGCAACUAAACCAAGCUCUCCUGCUUUGAGCCGGAUGCCGUCUGCUUCCUGUUCAGGAGAAGUGAAAUAGCAGCAGCCCAGUACCACUGUUUCACUUUCCAGCAGUAAUUAAGACAAACGCACACUGGUCAACCCUUUAUAGGACUGUUACACAAGGCUUUCUGUGUUAGUCUUUGAUCCUCUAACCCUGUCGACUGUAUGCUUCAGCCUGUCAUGUAAACGCACAAUGUAUUUUUUGGGUUGACAGUACAAAGCUGAGCCUUAUGCUGUUUGAGAUUAUGUUUGGUUUUCAGAUUGUUUUGAGGAGGAGUGUUUAUGUUGAAAUGUGUGAUUAAGGCAAGGAUCUGCGCUGAAGACGGGGUCCAGUAGUUGAAAGUGUAAAAGUGUAUAUUCACAAAUGCUUCCUUGAAAGCCUGUAAUAAAAAUGUUUUGCGUCA